AUGCCGGGAAUUGGUCGAGAUAUAGUACAACAUAAGAUCCCCACAGACCCUAACAUGAGGCCAGUAAAACAAAAGAAGCGUCGGCUUAGGCCAGAAUGGGAAGAAAAGAUAGCUCAAGAGCUGAAAAAGCUCAUUGAGGCUGAUUUCAUUGAAGUAAUUGAGUAUCCCGAAUGGUUAGCCAACAUUGUGCCAGUCCCCAAGAAGGAUGGGCGAGUUCGGAUGUGUGUAGAUUAUAGGGACCUGAAUAAGGCUACUCCUAAGGAUGAUUUCCCAUUGCCUCACAUCGAUGUGCUUAUUGACAGUGCUGCUUGCAUGGCCAUGUACUCUUUCAUGGAUGGUUUUUCGGGACAUAAUCAGAUCCUCAUGGAUUUGAUAGAUAAAGCAAAGACAGCUUUUAUCACUGAAUGGGGGACUAAUUGUUAUAAGGUCAUGCCUUUUAGGCUAAAAAAUGCUAGCAAGCUGUUAGGGCAUAUGAUCAGUAGAAAAGGGAUUGAGGUUGACCCAGAUAAGGUGAAGGCAAACCAGGAGAUGUCAGCCCCAAGAACAGAAAAAGAGAUUAGAGGUUUCUUAGGAAAAUUACAGUACAUCAGUAGGUUCAUAGCUAGGCUCACAACUACCUGUGAACCAAUUUUUAAGCUACUAAGAAAGAAUCAACCAGUGGUGUGGAAUGAGCAAUGUCAAGAGGCAUUUGAAAAGAUAAAGCAGUACCUGAGCAAUCCACCAAUUUUUUCACCACCCAUCCCUAGCAUCCCUCUAAUCCUCUACCUAUCAGUGGAAAACAUGGCCUUGGGGGCAAUGUUGGCACAAGAAGUAGAGAAUAUAGAGAGAGCCAUCUAUUACAUCAGUAAGAAACUCCUUGCUUAUGAGGAGAAUUAUUCACUAAUAGAAAAAACACAUGCAGGUGUAGUAUGGGCAACUAAGAAGUUAAGGCACUACUUUCAGACCUAUCGAGUUAUUGUAGUAUCCCGGAUGGAUCCUUUAAAGUACCUAUUUGAAGUACCGACGCUAGUUGAAAAAUUGGCCAAAUGGUUGGUCCUACUGUCUGAAUUUUAUAUUGUGUAUGAGACUCGAAAAACCAUCAAAGGGCGUGUAGUGGCCGAAUUUCUUUCUGAAAAUCUAGUUAAUGAAGAGGAAGAAGUCGAAACAGCCUUCUCGGAUGAGAGUCUUAAGCUAGUAGAGGUCCAGCCAUGGAAAAUGUACUUUGAUGGGGCCAUGAAUAAGAGCGGAGCCGAAUAUGAGGUUUGCAUUUGUAGCAUAGAGGCAUUAAUAGCUGUUGGGGCUAAAAAAGUGGAGGUGUUUGGAGAUUCAAUGCUAGUAGUUUCCCAUAUUAAAGGUGAAUGGGAAUUGAAAGAAGAAAAGUUGAGGCCAUACCUGGAGUAUGCUAAGAAACUAUUAUUUAGCUUUGAGGAAGUGACAAUGAAACACAUGCCUAGAGCUCAGAACCAAAUGGCUGAUGCUCUAGCCACGCUAGCAUCCUUAUGGGAGAAGGGUGAUCAGAAGUUGAACCAGCCAGUUAUCCUGAUGAGGAGUAGAAUCCCAUGCUAUGAAGGGUUAAUAAUAGCACAUUUAGAUCUAGAAGAUGAGAUGAAAUGGUAUGAGGACAAAAGAAGAUAUUUAGAGGUAAGAGAAUACCCACAGUCAGCCAAUAGUAGGGAUAGAGCUACAAUUCGUAGAUUAGCCACUCAGUUCACUUUGGCUGGGGGGCAACUCUACAAAAGGUUCUUCGAAGGACUAUUGCUCUUGUGUGUGACAAAAAAGCAGUCUGAGCAGAUAAUGGAGGAAGUACAUGCAGGAGUGUGUGGUCCUCACAUGAACGGAAGGUAUGACUUCACCGUGGCCAUUCUCAAUAUGGGGCAUAGACAUUAUUGGGAAGAUUUCUCCCACGGCUUCUAA